AUGGGAGGUUCCAAGGCCGCAGCCGCGCUUCUCGUCGUUGCAAUCCUCAUUGCAAUGGGAGCAAAUGCGGCAGCCAAAGAAGUCGUGCCCGCCAAGCUGCGAGUGGGCACGGUGGUGCUCGUCGGCUCGCUCGCGCAGCCCAACUACGUCGACUUCGACUGGGCGCGCUGCGUGCCCGUGCCCCAAGGCGCGUCCGCGAGCAUCGACGGCGGCGCGAGCGGCGGCGCCAGCGCGCGCGGCGUGCGCGGCGCGAGCGGCGGCGCGGGAGACGCGGUGGUGUGGUGGGACGUGUUUGGUGGGGGGGAUCGCACGGUGUGCAACGCGGUGCAGCUGUUCGCGUCGCCUGACUGCUCGGGUGCUGUGGCGGCGAGUUUCAAGUACACGGGAGAAUACCUAUUCCGUACCACCAAGAUAAGGCCAUCAGUGAAGUCAAUCCGCUGCGUUCUCGAUAACAUCUGCAGCCGUGCCCAGUGCCCAAAACACUCCACGUGCUUCAAGACAAAGGACGAGCAGGAGGUGACUUUUCAGUCCACUCCCAUUAACCUCACCCCCCAUCCCUCUCCCCCCAUGCCUGCCUCCGUGCUCUAUCAUCCAGACAACAUCUGCAGCCGUGUCGAGUGCCCAAAACACUCCACGUGCAUCAAGACAAAGGACGACCAGGAGGUGGGGUGCCUGUGUGCUAAGGGCUACCAAAACGUUUAUGGUCAAUGUCAGCCCCACUAG